AUGCCUUUAAAAGUCAUUUUCGGACCGAAUUGUUAUCACCACGAUGUUCCCGGCAUCGAAAAACUACUAAAAUUUGAAUAUCAAAAAGUUUUAUUUUUGGUGAUAUGUUCCUUUAAAAGUCAUUUUCAGACAAAAACAUUAUCACUGCGCGAAUCCCCAUAUCUAAAAACCCAAAAAAUCCAAGUUUCAGAUCAAUCAGAUGAUAUUGAUAAUUUAGUGAUAACAGCUGAUAAGAGCUUCUGGGAUAAAGCUGGAGCUCUAAACUUAUCAAAAAUAGUCUCUACUAGCUUCAGACAUCAUUUUUUCCAAGUUUCAGAUCAAUCAGAUGAUAUUGAUAAUUUAGUGAUAACAGCUGAUAAGAGCUUCUGGGAUAAAGCUGGAGCUCUAAACUUAUCAAAAUUGUCAUCUACUAUCACCAAACAUCAUUUUCUCCAAGUUUCAGAUCAAUCAGAUGAUAUUGAUAAUUUAGUGAUAACAGCUGAUAAGAGCUUCUGAGAUAAAGCUGGAGCUCUAAACUUAUCAAAAUUGUCAUCUACUAUCACCAAACAUCAUUUUCUCCAAGUUUCAGAUCAAUCAGAUGAUAUUGAUAAUUUAGUGAUAACAGCUGAUAAGAGCUUCUGAGAUAAAGCUGGAGCUCUAAACUUAUCAAAAUUGUCAUCUACUAUCACCAAACAUCAUUUUCUCCAAGUUUCAGAUCAAUCAGAUGAUAUUGAUAAUUUAGUGAUAACAGCUGAUAAGAGCUUCUGAGAUAAAGCUGGAGCUCUAAACUUAUCAAAAUUGUCAUCUACUAUCACCAAACAUCAUUUUCUCCAAGUUUCAGAUCAAUCAGAUGAUAUUGAUAAUUUAGUGAUAACAGCUGAUAAGAGCUUCUGAGAUAAAGCUGGAGCUCUAAACUUAUCAAAAUUGUCAUCUACUAUCACCAAACAUCAUUUUCUCCAACUCCCAGCUCAUUCUGAUAAUUUUGAAAUUUCACUGAUUAUCACUGAUAACAGCUUCUGGGAUGAAGCUUAACCUUGAAAUGACACCAAAACUUGAAAUAUAAGCUUCUCCUACUUCACUUACAAUUUUUCAGGCAUUUUUAAAAAAUUUCAAAUUCAUCUUCAAAAAACAAGUGAGCAGAUUUCGAGUAGACUGCUCGAGCAGGCGAGCAGAUUAUCUACUCGAGCAGAUGAGCGUGCUUAGCUACUCAGCAGAUGAGCAGAUUAUCUACUCGAGCAGAUGAGCGUGCUUAGCUACUCGAGUAGAUGAGCAGAUUAUCUGCUCGAGCUACUCAAGCAGCUACUUUUGAGUAGCUGGAGGGCUAUAAAACAUAGUUUUUUUUGACAUUUGAAUCGAAAUUUUUUGUCAAAAAAAAAUGUUUUUUUAUUAUUUUUCUAUUCAGAUCGUUAUCGAAGAUUGGAAAAAAAUUAGCAUCGAUGACUUCCUCGAAAUCGAAUUCAGAAAUUCUGAAGAUUGUAGAAGUGUGAUUUUGGACGCGAAAGAAAUCAGAUAUGAAUUAACACGAGGAUUGGCGGCGAAAUUGACGUCACAGGAGAAUUUUAGUGCUCGAAGACUUAAUAAAUAUAUCGAUUUAUUGAAUCGGACAAUUACGGAAAAAGGAGUUGAGAUCAAAUUGAAAAGGAAUAUUGAUCCGCCGAAAGUAUUGGUUGGAACUGGGAUACAUUCACCGGAUGGGGGAAUUGAUAAAGAGGUGGGUGGUUUUUUUUUGAUUUUGAAAAAAUUUGGGAUAAUCUGAAAUUAGACUAGCUCUAGGAGGUUUCUGAGCAUAAAUUUUCAGAACCUACAGUAAUCCUAGGAUUACUGUAGCUGAAAAAGUGCCAAAAAAAUCACCGGAAAAAAUACGUUUCAAAAUUUUCAUAACAAAUUUGUUUGAUUUUGGAAUUUUUUAUCAAUCCUCGUUUUCAUUUCUGAAAUUCUACAGUACACCAGAAACUACAGUAAUCCUUGGAUUACUGUAGCUGAAAAGGUGCCAGAAAAAAUCACCAGAAAAAAUACGUUUCAAAAUUUUUAUAACCAUUUUUUUCAAUUUUGGAAUUUUCGAUUUUUUUCAACAAUAUGGUUCACAAUCAAAAGUAUACAGUAGACACUACAGUAAUCCUAGGAUUUUGAAAUAUCUACCGUAACCCAGACAGUAAUCGGAUUACUGCAGCUGAAAAAGUGCCAGAGAAAAUAACCAGAAAAGAUACGUUUCAAAAUUUUUAUAACAAUUUUUUUCAUUUUGGAAUUUUUGAUAUACUCUUCUUUUCAUUCCUAAAUAAUCUACAGUAACUCAGAGACUACAGUAAUCCUGGGGUAACUGUAGCUGAAAAAGUGCCGAAGAAAAUAACCGGGAAAAAUACGUUUCAAAAUUUUUAUAAAUUUUUUUUAAAUUUUGGAAUUUUUGAUUUACCUUUCUGAAAAUCUACAGUAACCCAGAAACUACAGUAAUUCUAGGAUCCUAGGAUUACUGUAGCUGAAAAGGUGCCAAAAAAAUUCACCGGAAAAAAUACGUUUCAAAAUUUUCAUAACAGAUUUUUUGAUUAUGCAAAAAAUUGUUAACAUUUCCAUAUCGAUUUUAAAAAUAAUCGUUUUUUCUCAGGAAAACAUUGAUGAAGUAAUCGAUAGAUAUGAAGCUGAAAAUCACGAAGCACAAGACGAAGACGAAGAAGACGUCAAAAAGAAUCUGGAAAUUCUGAAAUCCGACGCAAUGUGUCCACCAACUCGUGAAAUGCUCGAAGAACUCGAAACAAGGAAAAAAGAGGCGCCAAAAGAAUCCUAUUAUGAAAUAUUGAAAAGAAGACAGGCUGAAAAACGGGUCAAAUUGGAGCAAGAAGAAUUAUAG